CUGGGCUGGGCGGUGAGCGGCGGCGCUAGGACCCGGCGGCGGGGCUGCGGCAUCCUGGGCCGAGCGGCGCGACCCCGGCUCGGGUCCCGGCGCCAUGUGAGGGGCCCGGGGCCGCGGGGGCCGGGCGCUCCCCGCCGGAGAUGAGGAAACUGAGGCUCAGAGAGGUCACAUGGCUUGCUCAAGGCCUCCCAGCCAGUGUGACCCCACAUCCCUGCCCCUUGGGCCAUCUGUAGGACGCUGGCCCCUGCCCUUCAGCAGACGCCAUCGAGAGAUGAGUAGCAGCAAAGAACAGCGGUCAGCAGUGUUCGUGAUCCUCCUUGCGCUCGUUACCAUCCUCAUCCUCUACAGCUCCAGCAGUGCCAAUGAGGUCUUCCACUACGGCUCCCUGCGCGGCCGCACGCGCCGGCCCAACUUCAAGAAAUGGAGCCUCACUGACGGCCUCACCCCCAUUCUGGGUAACAAGACCCUGCCUUCCCGGUGCCACCAGUGUGUGAUUGUCACCAGCUCCAGCCACUUGCUGGGCACCAAACUGGGCCCCGAUAUUGAGCGAGCGGAGUGCACCAUCCGCAUGAACGACGCACCCACCACGGGCUACUCGGCUGAUGUAGGCAACAAAACCACCUUUCGGGUGGUGGCCCACUCCAGCGUAUUCCGGGUGCUGCGGAGGCCCCAGGAGUUUGUCAACCGGACCCCCGAGACCGUGUUCAUCUUCUGGGGGCCCCCGAGCAAGAUGCAGAAGCCGCAGGGCAGCCUGGUGCGCGUCAUCCAGCGGGCAGGCCUGGCGUUCCCCAACAUGGAGGCCUACGCCGUCUCUCCCGCCCGCAUGCAGCAGUUCGACGACCUCUUCCGGGGUGAGACGGGCAAGGACAGGGAAAAGUCCCACUCAUGGCUGAGCACAGGCUGGUUUACCAUGGUGAUCGCAGUGGAGCUGUGUGACCACGUGCACGUCUAUGGCAUGGUCCCCCCUGACCACUGCAGCCAGCGGCCCCGCCUGCAGCGCAUGCCCUACCACUACUAUGAGCCCAAGGGGCCGGAUGAGUGUGUUACCUACAUUCAGAACGAACACAGCCGCAAGGGCAACCACCACCGCUUCAUCACUGAGAAGAGGGUCUUCUCGUCGUGGGCCCAGCUGUACGGCAUCACCUUCUCUCAUCCCUCCUGGACCUAGGCCACCCUGCCUGGGGCACCUCCCGAGGGACACAGAAGUGGCUCUGGGCUCAGCCACCUGAGCACAAGCCAGCUUCUGGGCAAUCAAGGCUGGUGAGAUUGUCUCCCAGCCAAUCAGGGCCUUGAUGAGGGUAUAUCCUCCAGCCAAAAAGAGUGCCUGGUGGUAUCUCUUGGCCAAUCAGGGAUUUGGGAUUCUAUGUGGUUCAUUAGGGGUGUCAGGUCUUUCUUGUCCAGACAGGGUCUGAGCAUAGUCAAUCAGGGUACAGGGGUUUUUCUGAGUCAAGUCUGAGGCUAAGGAUGUGUCCUUUCCCAUGAGGCCUUGGUUCAGAGCCCCAGGAAUGGAUUCCAAAUCACCCCUAUUCACCUGCGACCAUAGAGUCCUUCCCAAGGAACCAGGAAUAGUGUUGGCCCCCCAGUUCCUCCGUCACAGGGAGACAGUGUGUGGGCAGAAGCUAACUGGAAGCCGGGCCAGAGUCUGGGAGUUGUGGGGAGGCCCAUGAAGUGGGAGGCUAGUACCCAGAUCUAGGCUCCUCUCAAGUGACCUUGGACAAACCCCUCCCAUCCCUGGGCACCGUUCUGCCCACAUCGGGGUCUACUGUGGUGUCUGAGACCUUCCCACCUCCCCCACCCAGCACAUCGUCCUGAGAUGGGAACCCCAACUCCUUACUGGCAGGCUCAGAGGCCUGGGGGAGCUGGGGUGCACGUCUUCACCUUCCAGGAAAACUUAGGGCAUUUUUGCGCAAACUUCCCAGGGUUGGGGGACACCAAGAGGAGUGGAAUAAACCUUAAGCCAGUUUCUUGGCCCCUCAGCCCAGCUGCCAUUAGCUUGGCUCUUAAAGGGCCAGGUCUCCUUUUCUACCCUCUAGCAGGAGGGGCCCCCACCUGUUAGAGACCCUGGGGCUGAGAAAAGAGGAUCCCAGCACACUGGGAUUCCAUGUGGCCUUUGUCUGGCAAUGUCGAGGGCUUCUGGGGUUCUCCCCCACCCAGCAGGGCAUGGGAUGGCUAUUACCUGGGGCCUGGGAUGGCUGUCACCUGGGCUCUGUCCCCUGAAGCAGGCACUUUACUAAAGCUGGUGCUGGGUGGGGUUUGUUUUCCUCCUGCUGUUCCAGAGCUGGGAAGGGAAGGGCUUCCGGAAAAAGGCUGUGGAGUGGGAGGAAUCCGAAGCGGAAGCCAGCUGCAAGUCAUUGCACAUUGGGGUGACACAGGAUGGUGACAGCCCCAGACUUGGUUUUGUAAUGAUUUGUACAGGAAUAAACACACCUAAGCUCCA